AUUCACAGCCCGCACUCGAACAGCAGAAGCAAAGGACGCGGCGAGAUGCCGCCCCGUCCCAAGACGGAGCCUUUGUCCCCCUCCUCAAGCAGCCCACCAGCUGUUCGACGAAAUUCCCCACCGACCCAAUUCCUCGAAACCCGCGUCAAAUCAGAACCCCACCACUCCGACGACGAUGAAAACCACGCCCACCGAGUUAAAUCGGAGACCCAACAAGAAGAAGAAGCAGAACCCGAAACUGGUCGAAGAGGGGUGAAGAGAUUGCGAACCGGCCCGAGUGGAGGAGCAUCGUCUUUCAGAGGCAAGCACCGUCGCCGGCUGGGGAAGCUGCUCCGUAGGUUCAUGCACGAACACCGAUGGAACGAGGCGGCGGGGGUUGUAAGCGUCUUGAUUAGAGGGGCUCCUCCUGGGAAAUUGGCGGAUGAUGAUGAACUUCGAAGAUAUUAUACGGUCGCAAUGGAGCUCCAUAGGCGGUUCAUUAAUAAAGAGGACAGGAAAUAUGAUCAGUGGAUUAAACAGAUUUAUGACAUGUGGAUGGCCUCAUUUUCGAGGUCUUAUGAUGAUUCAAGAAAGAAAAAUGCAAUUCUCAUGGAGUUCGCUCUGUUCCACUUCACGCAAGGAAACAUCAGCGAAGCUUACAGCAAUAUGCAAUAUGUUAUCCAGGAUGAUGAACUGUCAAAAGACCCAUUGGCAAACCUCCUUCAUGGGAUGAUACUUUAUCAGCUAUGGUAUUCUGGUCUCCCCGAGGAGAUCAGGAUAAAGGGUUUUGAUAAUUGCAUGCCAAUGGGGACACCAGGGGUUGCCUCUGAUAAUGGUUAUAGAGAAAUGGAGAUUGGUGAAAGUUCAAAUAAUUAUUAUGCGGCGACUACGCAUGUCAAAUUUUCUUCUCAAUGUGCUUCAGAAAGCUCCUUUGGUAAUGACAAGAUUAUCAAAGGCUGUAAUAAUUAUCGCUCUAAAACAGAACCUGGUCAUGCUCAUUGGCCCCAAGAAUUCUAUGGAAGCCACUCAACAGCUAAAAAUGGACAAAACUCUGGUUCAUUUAACCUUGAUGACAACCUCCAAAACAGUUCCAUUUUCUUUGCACAUGGGUUAGAUACAGUUUUGUUGCCUAUUCACUUAGAGCACUUUACUGGCGGCACUGAUCAAAUAAUUUAUCAAUAUAGGCAGUUGGCUGAUGGGAACUAUAUAGAUGCUGUGAAGCAUUUGAGGCUUGCUCUCCAUUCAGUACGUCCACUGUCUGCUGCAUUGUUUCCGCUGAUUCAGCUUUUGCUUCUUGGUGAUCGAGUGGAAGAAGCAUUUAAGGAACUUGAGACUUCAUGCCAUAACGUUGAUUCAGCACUACCUUUCAGGCUAAUGGCUAGAUUACUGGAGUGUUUUCAGAGAAAUAAGAUCACCAUGAUCUGUAGCUACUAUGAGAAUGCUUUGAAGAGGGAUCCUAUCUGUUACCUGUCUCUGGAAAGGCUAGUAAAGAUGCACAAAUCCGGAAAUUACAGUACAUUGAUGAUGUUUGAGAUGAUAGCUUUGCAUCUUGAUGCUGCUGAUGGGCAAUGUAGCAUUUGGGAGGAAUUUGCAUCGUGUUUCCUUCAAUUCCAAAUAGUUGUACAAUCUGAAUAUGAAGAUUGCACUUCAAAGAAUCUAGAAAGAGGAGGGACAAAAACUGUCUCUUCCAGCAAAUUCCCUGCAGCUCUUGCAAGGGAAAAUGGUUCAUGGAAGCUUCGGUUUGAGUGGUGGAAAAGGCGACAUUUCAGAAGUUCGUCUUUGCAAGAAAACGCCAGUGACUCGAAGCUAUUAUGUUUUAAGGCGGCAUGUGCUUCUCACAUUUAUGGCCCGAUGCACGAGUACGUAGUCAGAGUGUUUAAUAUCUUGAAAAAGGAGGACGACGACGAGCAUUGCUUAAUCCUCAACACUCACAUCCAGCAGUCCAUGGACCUACUUAAAUAUUUGUGAAGAUGAUGAUAAUAUGGAAUCUGGUUCAGAGGAGAUGGCUUCCUUGUUCCAUCGACAAAUGUAGAGUCCGUUUCGAAUACUGAUUUUUCGUUUAAAAAAAAUGGGGGGAGGGAAUCGAUCAGGAAAAUGUAAAUUUCAUGAGAUUUUGCAGGCUUCUUUAUAUGUGGAGCUGAUCCUUUUAAUUGAUCCCUAUUUUUCUUUUCUUUUUUAAUUUAGGAGAUUCCCUGUGUUUAAAA